UGCUUGUGACUGUCAGUGGUGGAGGACGGGGAAGGUCUGAGCGCCUCCUCCCUCCCUCAGCACCACGGCUACAUCAUACCAGCGAUCAUAUUCCCGCUGCUGGGCCAAAGGAGGCGGCUAUGACCCCCUGAGGCAAGACUGACCAUGACUGCGGCGGUGGCGGGCGUGGGCGUGGAGAUGGCGGGCGGGAGUGUGGGUGGGCGUGAAGAGUCCGCCGAACCCGCCCCCGGCCCAAGCGAAGGCGUCACCCCGCUUAUGUACGCGUGUCAGCAGGGGCGCGACCACACCGUCAGGCAGAUCAUCCACAGAAAGCCAUCCAGCGUGCAGGAGAGGGACAGAACGGGGAAGACAGCGCUACACUACUGCGUGGAGAACCAAACGUUAUCAUGCAUAGACCAGGUGGUGGAGGCUGAGAAAGGACUGAUAGGGGCGCGGGACGAGGAUGGGUACACGCCCCUGCACCUGGCCACCAUCGCGGGAAACAAGGCGGUGGUGCAGUAUCUCCUGGGGCGCGGCGCGGAUGUCAAGGCGGUGGACAAUGAGAAGCACACGGCUGUACACUGGGCGACAGUGUGCGGGGAGGUGGAGCUGCUGGAGAUGUUGAUAGAGGCUGGCGCUGAUGCUUCCACUCCUGACCUACACGGCGCCUACCCUCUGCACUACGCCGCCCAGAUGUGCGGUCCUAACAGCGAGAUGGGGAAUGACGUGCGUGUCGGCCUUCAAGUCCUUCGCAAACUCCUACAAUAUGGCGUGGAUGUGUCCGUUACUGACCACGACGGCCGCACGCCCCUCCUCUGGGCCGCCAGCGCUGAAGUGCGGCCGUCUCACGUCUACUGUCCCUCAGGCAGUGCCGAUGCCAUCCUCGCCCUCAUCAACGCCGGGGCCAGCGUGAGUGCCGAUGACAAGGACGGCCUGACAGCCCUGCACUGCGCCGCCUCCAGGGGUCAUCUAGACUGCCUUGACUGUCUCCUCAACUUCUGCGGCGCCGAGGUGGACACGCUGGAUUCAAACGGGUGCACGCCGCUCUUCUACGCCGUCACGCUGGGCCACGCUGACUGCACGGGCCUCCUGCUGCACCACGGCGCCCACCCAGACAAGCAGGAUCGGAAGGGCCGCACGCCGGCGCACUGCGGGGCCGCUAAGGGACAGCUGGAGACCCUGAAGCUGCUCCACCAGAAGGGCGCCGACCUGUGGAAGCGUAACGUGAAGGGCGACCUACCGCUACACGAGGCCUGUCAGUCCGGGCGGCGCGACCUCGUUCUGUGGCUUUUGUCCAUGCGUCCAGACACCGUGAACGCCCCGAACCUGGAUGGCCGCUGCCCACUGCACAUCGCGGCCAUCAACAACAAUAUCGAGAUGUGCAAGAUUCUCAUGGACAAACAGGCGGCAGUCAACCCCAUCAUGAGGAACUCCCGCGGACAGCUGCUCACCCCGCUGGACGCCGCCGUGGCCCGCAGUAACCGAGGAUGCGCGAAAUACCUGCAGCUCCACGGCGGCAUGGCGGCCUCCAAGCUCACAGACAAGCACGCCCUGCAGAAGGCGAUGCAGAGGGCGCUGGAGACGAGUCAGCAGGGUAGCAGAGAGCAGGAGGGGGAGGAACUGAUGAGCUCCUCCGCCUCCUCCGUGCACAAGUCGAACAGAUCCACAAUGACGGCGUCUCCUGUCAACACUGAGGCGCAGACUGAGACCAGAGGAGGCGCUGACGGCGUGGACGGGAUGAAAGACGCGCAGACCGCCACUUCGGAGGUCAACAUACGGAAGCUAGUGAUGGAUGAGGUGGCGGCGGCGGCGAAGGAGGAGGAGGAGGAGGAGGCAAAGAAGAGACGCUUGGAAGAGGAGGCGGAGGAGAGGGCCGAGAUGGAGGAGAGGGAGGGAAGGGUGGAGAGAGAAAGGGAUUCCGCUGCGAAGAGGAGGGAGGGCGUGAGGAAGGAGGAGGUGCAGGUGGAAGGAGCGGAGGUGGAGGGGAAGAGGAGAGGAGCGGAGACUGGUGAAGAGGUGGAGGAGGAGGAGGAAGAGAAAGAGGAGGAUAAGAAUGAAAGAUCUUCCGCCAUAAGCAAAAAGGAAGUGAGAAUAAGCGAAGAGGAGAAAAGAGGAGAGGAAGAAGGAGAGGAAGUGAAAGAGGAAGAGAGAAGUGGCGGAGACGGAGAAGAGGAGGAAGAAGAAGACAAGAAAAGCAUCACGGCGCUAGCGAAAGAAGGAAAGAAAGGAAGAGAAAUGGAAGGAGAAGAAGAGGAGGAGGGAGAUACUGACGAAAGAAGAAGUGGGAAAGGAAAGAAGAAAAGAAAAGGUGAUGAUGAAGAAGAAGAGGAUAUAGAUGAAGAGGAAGAAGAGAAAGAAGGGAAGAGGAGCAUUAAGACAUCAGCAAAAAGUGAGAAGAGAAGAAGAGGGAGAAAAACGAAAGAAGGAACUGAAGAAGAGGAGGAAGAAGAAGAGGAGGAGGAGGAGAUUGACGAAGCAGAAGAAGGAAGAAUAGAAGAAGGAGAAAGGAGAAAAAGCACCAAAUCAUCAGCGAAAGAUAGAAAGAAGAAGAAAGGAAAAGGAAAAAAGGAUGAAGGAGAAAACGAAGAAGAGGAAGAAAUAGAUGAAGAUGAAGGAGACAAAGAAGAAACCGAAAGAGAAACAAGAAAAGCCACUAAACCAUCACGAAAGAGUGGAGAGAAGAAAGGAAGGAAAGAAAAAUAUGACGAAGAAGAGGAAGAGGAGGAAGAAGAAGACGAAGAAGAGGAGGAAGAGGAAAAUGAAGAAGGAAGACGGGAAAAAGGAGGAAGAAAAGGUGUAAAAGGAUCAGUGAAAAGUAGGAGGAGCAAAAAACCAAGAGGAAAAGAGGAGGAAGAGGAAAGCGAAGAGGAAAUAAGAGAAACAAAAGAAAAAGGCAUAAGAGGAAAGGCAAAGAAAACGAGAAGUAGAAAGCAAAGAGCAGGAGAUGAAGAAGAAGAAGAAAUAGAGGAAGAAGAGGAAGAAGAGGAGGAGGAAGAUGAGGAGGAAGGAGAGGAGGAAGAGGAGGAGAGAGAAGGAAGAAAGAAGAGUAGGAAAAUUGCAGCUAUUCGGAAAAGAGGAGAAAAGAGAGGAAUAAAGGAGGAAGAGGAGAAGGAAAGAAGAAGUAGGAUAAAAGAGAGAGGGAAGAAGGGAAGAGGGAAAGAAGAAGAGGAAAGGAAGAGAGGAAAAGCCAGCAAAAGAUUAACAGCUGAAAGAGGAAGAGGAGGAAGAGGAAGAGGGGGAGGCGAGGACUUAACUGGGGAGGAGGAAGAGGAGGAUGAGGAGGAAGAAGAGGAAGAGGAGGAGGAAGGAAGGGGAGGAAGAAGCAGAAAAUCAACCGGUGGAAGAGGAAAAGGAAGAAGAGAUAGGAAAGAAUUAACUACAGCAGAAGAGGAAGAAGAAGAAGAAGAAGAAGAAGAAGAGGAAGAAGAAGAGGAAGAGGGAAGAAGAAGAGGAGGAGGCAGCAGAAGUAGAAGAUCAACGGGAGAGAAAAGAAGAGGAAGAGGAAGAAUAGAAGAGACAGAAGGACCAACUGCAGAGGAAGAGGAGGAGGAAGAGGAGAGAAGACGAAGGCGAAGAGAAGGAGGAGGAGGAGGAAGUAGAAGUAGAAAAACAACAGGAGGAAAGAGAGUAGGGAAAGAAUCGAGGGAGAGGAGAGAGAAAAGUAAGGAAAGCGAGGAAGAGAGAGAGGGGAAGAGAAGUAGAAAAUCAACUGGAGGGAAAAUAGGAAGAAGAUCAAGAGAAAGAGAGGACAGAAGUGGAGGAGAAGAGGAAGAAGAAGAGGAGAGAGAUACCAAAAAGAGGAUCAAGGCAGGGAAAAUAAGAAGAAUAGGAGGGAAAGGGAGGGAACUGAGUAAAGAGGGAGAUAGAGAGGGGAGGAGGAGAGGGAAGAGAUCUGUAGAGAGAAGUGAAAUUAGUGGAGAAGAUCAAGAGGAAGAGGAAACAAGAGGAAGGAGGAGUGGCAAGCAGGUAGGAGGGGGAGUAGGGAGGAGGAGGAGAACAAGGGAGAGAGAGGAAGAGAGUGGGGAGGAAUGGGGAAGUAGAGAGGGGAGGAAGAGUAAGAGAGUAACAGGUGGGAGAAAAAGAGGAAGAGAAGAAGAGGAAGAAGAUGAGAGAAUUAGCUGGAGGGGAACAAGCAGAGGGGAAAGAGGAGGCAGAAGGUAUAGAGAAGAGGAAGAGGAGGAUGAUAUGAUAGAAGAGGAAGAGGAAGAAAGAGUAGGAAGAUUAGACUCUCAAGUGUAUUCAGGAAGAAGAAGAACUAAAGGAAAACUGCAACAAAGAGGAAGGGGAAGGAAGGGAGAGGAAGAGGAGGAAGUCACUGAAACUCAAGAGGGAGAGACAACGGUAACCCAAGAGUCUGAGAUGACCACAGGGACGCAAGAAGAGGAAGAGGAGGGAAUAUCAGGUACCGCAGAAGACGAGGGGGAAGGAACCUCACAGACAGACGACGCUGGGAGGAAGAUGGAAGAGGAGGAGGAGGAGGAGGAGGAGGAGGAGGAGGAAGAGGAGUAUGUCAGCAUAAAGAAGCAAGGAGGUAGACUAGAGAAGAGACCGGAGAGGAGGAAGAGGAAGGGAAUGAAGAUAACCUCGCCCUACGCCGCCAAGCUUCCGAAGGCACGAGUCAUCCCCAGCCGCACCAAGUCCCGGCCGGUGACGCGGGAGGCGAGCAGCGGCCGCCUGACGGAGCCGCGGCGGGUGCGGGUGACAGAGGCGAAGCGAGGCGUCAGAAAGACCACGGAGACGGAGGCCAGGAGGCAGACGCGACGGCCCGGGGAGGGGCAGGGCGUGCGGAGCGGCAGGAAGGGCCUCGUGAAGCAGGACAGUGAGCGUUUCUCUGAGUCCAACAGCAGCAACGGCAGGCGAGGGCAGCGGGGACCGGGGGCUGGGGGCACCGCCAUGCGUGAAGGGGCGGGAGGGGGCGGAAGGAGGCCCGCUGCCCGGAAGGUGGGCGUGGCGGGAGUGAAGGUGAGGAAGGAGGCAAGGAUUGGGGAGACAAGCACCAGCCCUGGCGAGGAGGAGAGAGAGGAAAGAGACUCCGGGGAGUGGGAAGAGGCGGCGCGCGGCACUAGUGAGGCUGAGAACACCUCGCCUGAAAGAGAGACGGCGGGCGAGGGUGAGGCACUAGCGGAGGGCGGCAGUGUGGAGAAGGAGGAGGAGGGGGAGGAGGAGAAGGAGGAGGUGGAGGAGGAGGAGAUGAAGAAGGAAGAGGAGAAGAAGGAGGAGGAGGAAGAGAAGGAGGAGAAGGAGGAGGAGGAGGAGAAGGAGGAGAAGGAGGAGAAGGAGGAGAAGGAGGUGGGGGUGGAAGAGGGAGAGGAGGAGGCAAAAGAAAAAGAAAUGAUAGGAGACGAGGAGGAGGGCGAGGAGGGGGGAUCGCUGAGCGGUGAGGGCAGCGAGGAGGCGCUGCUGGGCGGAGAGGGUGAGGAUGGCGAGAUGUGGCAGGACGGGCAGUCAUCCGCGGGCCCCAAGAGGUCACGCAUGCGCCCCAAGUCAGCGGUACGCCCGAGCGUGUUGAGUCGCCGCAGGGACAGCCGCGGGGCGCUGGGCGGGGGCGGGGGGCGAAGGAAGGCCAGGCGGGCAGGCCAGGGCGUGGGCAAGGCACGCACUUGGGAGGACGGCGGCAGCUCCACUCAGCAAGUAAGCAUCUCCGACGACCUGCCGCCGGGGGAGGGGCUCCGCCUGUCCCCCGUGGAGUCUGCCGCCAGCCCCGAGGAGGAGCGGACACACGAGAUGCUCCUGGAGUCCAGCGGGCGAGACUUCCUGACGGUGGAGGGCGCGGCAUCGCGUCUGCCCUCGCCCAGCUCCACCCACGGCAGGGACACCGGGGACUCCGGUUUCAAGGAGCCGGGCUUCAGUGACGGGGUGGCCGUGGGGCGCGAGUCGGACGUGGACGGACUGACGGACCCGGAGCGACACACGGAGGACGAGGAGAACGCGGAGACCGGGCGGCGGAAGUCACGUACCCGCCGGCGGAAGGAGAAGCACCGCAGCAGGAGCGGCGAGGAGCAGCUCACCAGCGGCCAGGAGGGGGAAAGGAGGCGAGGGAGGGGGAACGGAGAGAAAGGAGGCGACGAGGAGGAGGAGGAGGAGGAAUAUGAUGAAGAAGAUGCAGACGCCCUUCAGAAGAUGGGAAUCCUCACACACCGCCGCCCAGGGAUGAGGAAGGGACGGGUGAGGAGCGGCGCCUUAAGUGGGGGUCCUAAGAAGGUGGAGAGCAUGGAGACCAGUCUGCGGAGGAAGGGGCGCAAAAUGGCAUCCCCGUCCACAGAGGUGUCCAUCACACAGGCUAUGCAGAAUACUAUGAGGAAAUACGCGCUGGAACGCCGCCUCUUUCAACAACUUUUGGAAUUGAAGCGCGCGCAAAUCAAGAACUCCCGCGCGAAUGAACACGUGCUGAUCAAGCGGAUGGUGGACGUGUUUCAGAAGGAGGGCAUGCUGCUGGGCCUCCGCGGGUACUCCGGACCAUACAACUUCAACAGCUACGAGAAAUAUUUGUAUGAUCAACUACGGUUCCUGCAGAGUUCACAGGGCAUCAAGAUCCCCGCCUUUCGCCCUACUGACGACGUAGAGAAACUGAGUCGCGCCAUUCGAAGGGCGGAGAUCAAGGAGUUACCAGACCCUCUACAAAACAACUUAGACGCCCACACUUGUAACCACACCACGCACAGAUGCCACCACGCCGCCCACGCCUACACUGGUAUCCCCUGCGCCGCCUACAUCGGCUACAAGAAGAAGAAAUCCCUCACCGCAAACAACAACAAUAAUAACAACAACAACAAGCAAGUUUCUCUACCCAAGAUCCCGGGCACUCAGACCGGGGGCAGCGCAGGGGGCGGCUCUCCUCUGGGUGGCUCCACCGCGCAGGGCCUGGAGGGGGGCAUCGGGGGGCGCGUUAGGCAAGGAGAGCCGGUGGGCCUGAGAAACUAUGACCCCAGGAACCCACUUACUGUAGAACUGCAGCACGGACAGGCCCGCCAGCAGAUAGUCCUGCCCACUGACCUUUUGGAUAAGAACAAGAAAUACCAUCUCACCUUCACCAUCAAGGUUCGUCCGCCUCGUAAUGAACACACCUGCAUGGACCACCGCACCUGUACCUGCCUCACCAACCCACCUCCGUCAACUACCAAGAUCAAAGAACAGACAUCCUUGGAGACGGAUCCUAACGAGCAGGUGUCCUCCGCCCCUGAGAUCCUUCCGAGCGAUCCUGCAAGACAAGAAUCUCUCGCUAUGGACUCUCUCGCCUCGGAAAGCCAGCAGGAGUCUCAGUCAGCGGCCCUCGAAGCAGGAACGGAAGCUUGAGAGUAAGGAGACAAGAGCUAACUUAAUUUUGAUCUUGAAUGCCGCGUCAGGAGAGAAACAGCAACAGCUCCUUUGGUUCUUGUUCCUACCUGCUCCUGCGCCAUCACUCUCAUGCCCCCCGCCUCCCAGAGGUAUCCUUGAGGUAUCCCUGAGGUGUCCCUGAGGUGUCCGUGGGGUGUCCAAGGGCGCGGCAAUGACUGCAGGUCAAGGUUAACGGCUAGGAAAUGAGAGAGAAAAAAAAAAAAACUUAUCCAUUGGUUCUUUUUUCAACUGUUUGUCGCCAUCAUGCAGUUCUCUUCCCCGGGGUGUCCAAGGCGUUACAGGUUAGAAAAUGGGGAAGACUUGUCCCUUGGUUCUUUUUUAAUUAACUGUUUGCCUCAAGGUGUCACAAUACUUGGAGUCUCACGUGCAGUCUUGAAGCUAAACGUGCAGUGUCAAUGUGUGAUAACUUACGUGCUUCUUUUACGUACUCUGUUGUGUGGUACGUGGUGAUGCUUUGGUAGAGGAAGGUGGAGAGAGAGAUGACUGGGUGAGAGGAAAGACAGGAUAGAAUAGAAAGACAUAACAGGAUGGAAUGACAAGGAAGGGCAGGAUUAGAUAAGAAUGGGAGGAGAAAAGGCAGGAUAAAAUGUAAGAACGUAAUGAAAAAAUAGGAUAAGAUGAUAAAGACAGCGAGUAAGGACAGGAUGAGAUAAUAAAGUAGAAAGAGGAAGAACAGGAUAGAAUAAGAAGGUAAUGAGGAAAGGAGAAGAUAAUGAAAAAAAAAUAUGAAUUGGUAAAUGCAUACGUGAAAUAAAAAUAGGAAGAAUAAAGAGAGAGUAAACUUAGUAAAUAGAAGAGAAUGAAGAAAAAAAAAAGCGAAAUAGAAAUAAAAUGAACCUGAGAGAAAUAUAACAAUUUAAGAAGGAAUAAAGGAGGAAGGUGAAAAGAAAAAGGAAGGGGGAAGAAAGAUUUUGAAGCAGAAAAGGAAAAUACAGCAAAAAUAGGAGAAAAUGAGAAAAAAAGUGAAACAGUAUGAUAGAGUGAGAUAAGAUCAUUUAAGACUGAAAGAAAGAGGGAAAAAAGAGUUUGAUGCAGAAAGAGAAUGAAAUAAAAAUGUAAGAUAGAGAGAACGGGAAAAGUUGAAUAAGGAGACAGAAUGAAUGAGAGAGGAAGAUUAGGUUAUGUAAGACUGAAAGAAAGAGGGAAGGAAGAAUCUGAAGCAAGAACGGAAUAAAAAGGAAGGAAUAACGUAGGAAAAAGGAAGCAAAUUCAAUGAGAGAGAAAGAUAAGAUGAUGGCUGAAAAAGAAAGAGAGAAGGAGGAUUUUGAUGCAAGAAAGGAAUAAAAAAAGGCAAGACUAACGUAGAGAGAGGAAAGCAAUUCAAUAGUUAACCAAGUCUUCGAUGGUUGAGUGGGCCAAUAGAGAGUGUAGAGAGAGUCACCUUAAAUUACAGCACAGGUUGUUAGCUUAGAUUAUUAUUAUUAUUAUUAUUAUUAUUAUUAUUAUUAUUAUUAUUAUUAUUAUUAUGUGGACGAGAGAUGUUUAAAAUGGUGUUAACUUGAUCAUCACCGCCAAUAUUGUUAACUUGUCAUGGUUACUCAGGCAUUAUAUAACUUUUCAAUGAAUGUAAAUAUAUAGGACUAUAUUUAUAUUUACUCCCCUUGCUAAGUCACUCCCUCCCUUGUAUAAACUGUGCCCUUCUUUACCCUCCCCUGUCUCCUCUCCCUUCAAGUGAUUCUGGUGUAUAUACGUGUCUGUUGUCACUGAAGAGAUUCUGUUAUGGUUUUCUUUUUAAAUCUUGCAAAGUCUACGGUAUUGUAAGUUAUUGAGAUGAAAAAUGUGAAGCGUCUGUGAAUAUUUAUCUUUAUUUGUUUAUUUAUUAUUAUUAUUAUUAUUAUUAUUAUUAUUAUUAUUAUUAUUAUUAUUAUUAUUAUUUAUUUAUUUAUUUUUUUUUGUCUUCAGUUCCCAUCCGUCAUUCUUUUAAUUCUCGCAAAGUCUUCAUUGGUGUGCGUUGUUAAUCCGGAAUCACAAAUUGUUUAUGAAUAUGUAUCUUCAUUUUUUUUUCCCCUGUCUUCAGUUUUCAUCCUUCAUUCCUUUGUUUUUCAUAUACUUUUUCUUUCGUUUCUUCUUUAUUUUUUUUCUUUAUAAAUGCUCAUCUUCAUUAUUUAUUGCGAUUUAUCUAUUAAUAUUAUCUCCAUUUAUUUCUUAAUAUGCAAUUUUCAUCCUUCAUUCUUUUGUUCUUGUCUAUUUUUUCUUUAUUUUCCUUGAAUAAUUUUUCUUCUUCAUAAAUGUUCACUUUAUAUUCUACAUUUCAUUUUCCUUAAUUUCUAUCUUCAAGUUACGUAUUUUUCCUAAUAAACCUAAGUAUUCAUUGAUAUAGAGCCUCAUAUACCACCUUACACUCCAUAUUUCUUCAUUUCCCUUCAUUUUCUUCUUCAUUUGUCGUAUUUAUUUCGUAAUCAACUCAAGUAUUCAUUAAUAUACGGCCUCACGUACCAUUUACGAAGACCAUACAUGAAGGUAUUGAGUUCACGACCAUCCAAGCGUCUUAUGAACGACUACUGUUAUACUUUUCUGAUGUUAUUUAUCGUCCCCUUAUCUCUCAGUUCGAUGUACUUAUAUGUUGGAAUCGAUAUAAAUCUAAUAAACACGGUGUAAAAAUCA